AUGCUCGUCAAGUUCGGCGAGGUCCCGGCCGUCGUAGCCUCAUCCCGAGAGGCCGCCAAGGAGAUUCUGAAGACCCACGACGCUGUGCUGGCGACACGGCCCCAGACCACGACCUUCAAGAUCCUAAGCGAGGGUGGCCAGGGGAUUGCGCUCGCCCCCUACGGUGAACACUCUGGCGGCAGCUCCGCAAGAUCUGCAACAGAGGACGAGGCUGCACGCCUCGUCCGGUCCAUCGCGUCAGCGUCGGCGUCGGCACCGCUGGUGAAUCUCAGUACGAUGCUGGCCGGAUACGUCGCCGACGCGGCGCUCCGGGAAAUCAUGGGCGGCCGUCUCAGGGAUCGAGACGCCUUCGUACACCAGCUAGCUGAGGGUGUCCGGCUGGCGGCGGGCUUCAGCCUAGCCGACCUCUACCCGUCCUCGAGGCUUGCUCGUCUGCUGAGCCGGCCGGUCAGCGCGCGAGGUGGAGGUUCAUCGAGCGGCAAUGCUCGAGCUCAUGGACAGAUCUUUUUGCGGGAUCCAACGAUACAUCGGCGACCACUCUGCAGUGGGCCAUGGGCCAUGGCAGAGCUGAUGAGGAAUCCUGCCGUCAUGUCGAAGUUGCAGGACGAGGUGCGAGGAGCUUUCGCGGCGGCGAUGAAGCUAGCAUUCGAGGUUGCAAUGCAGAAGGUCAACAACGGUCCACAGUUGACUAGGAAAUAG